AUGAGUUCAUUUUCUGUAUUAUGUGUCUUAAGCUUAAUUCUCAUUGUAGGUACUCACGUUGUACAAGCUCAAGAUUCUCCAGCAGACUAUCUAGAAGGACACAACGCAGCAAGAUCGGCGAUUACCAAAGUGAAAGUUCCAGAUCUUGUUUGGGACAAUAAUGUUGCUGCUUUUGCAAAUAACUAUGCUAAUCAACGCAAGGAUUGUCAGUUGGUCCACUCCGGUACCGACCGUUACGGAGAAAAUAUCGCAAUGAGCAGCGGUGACAUGAGUGGCGCAGAAGCUGUGAAGUUGUGGGUUGAUGAGAAAGCCUACUAUGAUUAUAAUAGCAAUUCAUGUGCUGCUGGUGAGAUGUGUGGCCAUUAUACACAAGUUGUUUGGAAAAACACAGUGAGAAUUGGAUGUGCCAAAGUGAAAUGUGAAAAUGGAGGAACUUUUAUUACUUGUAAUUAUGAUCCUCCUGGCAACUAUGUUGGUGAGAGGCCAUACUGA